AUGAGGAUACCUCCAAAUCACUACCUCCGGUUGGGUGCUGGAUCAUCAAGAUCAAAAAUCCCACUCACAACCAUGAACCAAUUGGAUCUUUGUCAUCAAGCAGCGAUCAGCUGUGGAUCCUCGCACCUCACUUCACCAGGUGAAGAACACACUAACCCACCGUUACCCCAACCUCAACUGCGAGCUUCAAACAUUGUACCUUUGUCACAUUCUACUUUUCCUCACUCUCAAGCAGUUUGGUCUCCAGAUCCCGAUCAAUCCAUUACCACAUCGACAUCAUACCCUGUUCUAAACACCCACACUCAGCAGACAGACAAAGAGGUACAUUUGAUUGUUAAGAAGAAACGCAAAAGAGUUAAGAAAGAACCUCCACUACCCUCACCCCCAACACAGGCCCCGGAUCUUUUUUAUAAUUCAGAACCCGUGCCUUUGCCCGAAUCCCAUCCGGUGCAUCAAUCACAAGACAUUCAAGACACCCUCAAAACUUCAGUAGGCCAUGACCCUUUGGUAGACUACGAGUUGGAGCCUGCUCCAGACAGCGACUGUUUGCCUUCACCUACACUUUUCCCCACCACCCACACUGCGAGCACAGUAGUUGAGCCUUUAACAACCAAUAUUUACCUCAGCAACACAGAUCAGCUAUCGACUAUUGGUGAGGCUGACAAAGGUGAUGGCAGCUUCUUGCUGGAAUCAUUGCUACCACCUCCCUUGGCCCAUCACCGGGAUGAAAACACCCCAAUUUCUCCAAUCCAAGUCUCCUCAAAGAAGGCCAAGGUUGCAAUUCAAGUUCAAGGAGAGGCCCAUCUUCAAAGGUCCGCUAGGCACAAUAAGACAGAAGUUGCGACAGAUGCAACUUCUGUAUGUGUACCUUGGAGGUCCGCCCAAACAUGUGUUACCAAAAAUGUGUGUACGUCAUAUUGGAAUCAUCACACCUUGCAUUUUUUCUUGACGGUUGGGUUGAUCCAAUACAACCUUUUUACAGGACUCCCGUCUACCGCAUUGGCUUUGUAA